CACCUCCGCUCCUCUCCCUAUUAUAACUCCCAAGUCUCGACUCUAGUCUUCAUCUCCCGCAUUAUCUUCACUAGUUCCGACCUAGCCCUUCCAUUCUUGGUCUUCCUGGUCAAACGACGUCGCACCGCCGCCAUGAACGCAGCUUUACCUAUCGUAGAUUCCAUGACUAGCUUGUUUACGCCUGCUAUUCUUUUCUGCAUUGUGAACCUGGUGAUAGGAACCAUCUUCAUCACCUCACGCCUAAAAUCCCACAACAAACCAGACCCCGCCGCCAACUCACCUCCCAACCAGAAUCAGCUCGUCCGAGCCCCCUCAUUUCUCGACCGGGUCAAGUCCUUUAACUUCUCUUCCUACGUCUCCGAGCAGCCCGACCCAUUUCACGCCGUGACCCAGAAAUCCGACCCACGUGAAGAGCAAGAGCAAAAAAACGUUGCGGAGGAAGAAGCUUUGCUGGAGAGUCAUCAUCAUGAUGAUCAGAUGAUGAAGAGCAAGUUGGAGACGCGGGUGGAGGCUCCGGCGGGGAAUGGUGGCCCUGCUCGAAGGAUGAAGAAGUCGGCAAGCGAGAAGGCGGUGGCAGUACCGGAGGACCGGGAGGAGGUGGAUCGGUGGCGGCCGGCGACGAUGACGGAGAGAGAGGGGAGGUCUUCCAGUGAAACUGAAACGUUGACGUUCGGGGAGGAGGAACAUGUGGACAAGAAAGCGGAUGCCUUCAUAAAUCGUUUCAGACAGCAUUUGAAACUGCAAAGGUUGGAUUCGAUUUUAAGGUACAAGGAAAUGCUAAAUAGGGGGGCUGGGUUGGAGAGCUAAUGACGCUAAUCUUCUUGAGACUUAAAAAAAAAAAAAAAACCCUUUUCCUCGAGCGAUCUUUUAUUUUACUACUACUCAAAAUAAGAAGAUGUUAUGAACCAUAACGAGUUUCCUCGUUAAAUUUUACUAGUAGUGCAGGUAGCAUUAGAUCUUUGGGGCUGAUAAUAUUCUAUUACUAGCUACUGUGACUUUUGUCUAAAUCUGUAUAUGUUGGCUCAGAUUUAUCAUGUUUAUCUGGGGCAUUAGCUCCAUAGAUUGCUUCUGCCAAUAUCUUGUGAUCGAUUGAACGAGAUGGAAUGGCUGGUUUGUGAAAAUAAAUUGAGAAUUUGGUGAACUCCUAUUGCGAGGA